AUGCCCCGUCUGCUCAUGGAGCCGCAGACGGCGGAGGCGAGCCAUGGAGGCUUAAGACAGUCACAGAUCGAAGCUGUUUGGGUGGGCCCCCGACGGGUCCGCACCCAGUCCGGUGUGUUCUUUGGCAACGAGAUCCUUGCAGGUCCAGGCGCGAGUGCAGUGCCUCAUCGUUGUUCGGCAGCUUUCCUUCCCGAAUUGGCACCAAGUCGGCUGCGCCCAACGAGUUUCUCUGAAGCAUCUGACGCAGCAGAUCGCGCGAAGUUGAUACAAGCUGAGGUGGAAUCAGCAAGGGAUGCAGCAGAAAGCGCGGAGGAGGAGGCCGAGGCUGCGGAACACGCUGAGCUCCUUGUGGUCGGGCUAGCCACGAUCUUCGCCGGGUUGGCUUGGUUUACCACCUUCAAGACAUGGCAACUCUACCAAAGGUGGCUGGCCAUGAAGCGCCGAAAGGCCCUUUGUGUAGGUGCUGCGCGUGCUGCAGCGGCACAGGGACAAUUGCUCUUGGUUCUGCAGUACUGCGGUAACCACUACCACUUCCGCUACGACCUUGCUCCCGAAGAGCUACGAAACACUGUCCGGGAUCUGUCGCCCGCUUUGGCAGAGGACGUUGAGCUGGAGGAUGGCAGUAGUUCGGAUACGCUGUUAGAGGAGCCAAGAAGCCGCACCAGCGCCUGGCGAGUUGCUGGGCUUUUGGCCACGCUUGUAUUUGUGGCUGUUGUCCUUGUGAGCCUUCCAGCGUCCAUUGGGCCGCUCAAGGCCAGGAUGACGGGAGUCAUGUCGAAAAGCAGCGACUGGAUUAUGACCGGCACUUUCACGCCCAUGUCGCUCCCGGCAUCAGUCGCUACCCCUAGCGCCAUAGCACCAAAGGCGGACCUCAACGAUGGCAAUCCCUGCAAUGAUGACGAGGAGAAAUUCGAAGGAGUUUGCUACAAGAAGUGCUCAAUUCUUACGGAUGGUACUCACAACAUCCGAACCACAGCAUUUACCUGCUGCGCAGCAGAGAAGAUUGAGGACUGUGGGUUCAACAAUCAAGAGAUGAAGAUGUCCAUCUGUGACGGUUUUGACGUAUCUGGAGACAUCAAUGGCCAAGAAGGUGCCUGCCCGCAUAAAACGGGCAACUGCUAUGCCAACGAGGAGCUUUUCCUUGGACAGUGCUACAAGAAGUGCAGCGAUCUCACGGACGGUGAGUACCACAACCGAAUCUCCUCCUUUUCUUGUUGCAAGAAAGACAGCUACCUGGAGUGCAAUCCUUUUGCCUUCGUGGACUCUCAAGUCAAGAGCAAUCCUACGUUCAACGUCGGCGGCCAGGCAAAUAGCCCGCCACACUUUCCUAUCAAGGAGCUAGAUGAGGCUCGGUAG